AAAUAGCUAGGAAUCGAAACCGGACUACUGAGUUUCGACAAUCAGGAUUUGUGUUAGGGACCAGUGAAAUAUGCGGUCAUAAAGCCAAUUUGACCCCUAGCUUCCACACACUGACCCCGAAACCACCCACUCAUCCAUUCAAUGCAACCCAAUAUAACAUUCAGUCCAUGAGAGUUAUCUCCCUUGACAUGCUAACAUGGCGGAACCGAAGGUGAAAGCAGAGACGACGAAUUCUUCAUCGAAGGUUAACAGUUCCUCAAGCUAUGGCUGGAGGCAGGCACCGACCACAAUGUUAUUUAGAAUCACCAAUUUUGAAUUGUUCGUUAAACCUAACAAACCUGUGAUGUAUGCUGGAAUCUCCAUGUUUGUUGGUUGCGUGGCUUAUAUAAUCUUCAUGAACAUUAACGAUGACAAAAAAAACAAGACCUACGUCUCUGUUGCUGAAGAUGGAUCGUUAAUAAAAAGACAGCGGACUUCUCGCUGGGAUUAAUUCCUAAACAUCA